AGCACUGGCAACCGGAACCGGAGUGGAGCUCUGUGGAGUCCGGCUGAGUCGUCCAUUUACUGAAAAUUGCCUCUUCUCUUCAACAUGGCGGACGUAAAGAAAGCGCCCGAGGAAAAGAUCAAAAAGAAGAUCGAUAAGAAGACGAAAAAGGAGCCGAAGGAUGCGUCCAAGAAUAUAAUGCGUGAAGUCCGAAUACGGAAGUUAUGCCUGAAUAUCUGCGUAGGCGAGUCUGGUGAUCGCUUGACCCGCGCUGCCAAGGUCUUGGAACAACUGACUGGCCAGCAACCGGUAUUUUCCAAAGCUCGAUAUACAGUCCGUUCAUUUGGCAUUCGUCGUAACGAAAAAAUAGCUGUGCAUUGUACUGUGCGUGGCGCCAAGGCUGAGGAGAUUCUGGAACGUGGCCUUAAGGUACGCGAAUAUGAGUUAAAAAAGGAAAACUUUUCUGGCACUGGAAACUUUGGUUUCGGCAUUCAGGAGCACAUUGACCUGGGAAUCAAAUAUGACCCCAGCAUCGGUAUCUACGGCUUAGACUUCUACGUUGUACUUGGACGUCCAGGAUUCAAUGUAGCGCACAGAAGAAGAAAGACUGGUAAAGUUGGUUUUCAACACCGUCUUACAAAAGAGGAUGCCAUGAAGUGGUUCCAACAGAAAUAUGAUGGUAUCAUUAUAGCUGGGAAAAAGUAAUGUAUAUGUUGUAAUAUAUAUGCUUUUCUCAUAAAAAAAAAUUUAACAAGAA